AUGAGUCUUCUAGCUAACUCUAUGAGCUUUGAAACCACAGCAAUCACUUUCUACAUCAUCCUUCUAAUUUGCUUCAUUUGCAUCCUCCUUUUAUUGGUGGUUUUUUUAUAUAAAUGUUCCCAAAGCAAGAAAGAUGAUGAGACAGAAAAAGGUCCUUGUGGAGGUAGAGACUGCUUUGCUGCUAACGUGGAGACAAACAAUUCAAAAGACCAAGAAAAGACUGUCAUUAGGCAAAUCAUGAGGCCUGGCAUUCUUGUUCAGAGACGAAGUAAAGAAAUGGUGGCCACACACUUAGAAAAUAGAGAGGACACAAAGGAUGAAGAGGAGGGCAAAAUAAAAGAGAAACAAGAUCCUGAGAAUGCUGGAGAAAAUAGUCAAAAGGAUGAUGAUUUGCAGAAACCACACAUACCUGUCACUGGAACUCUUUCAGUUGUCGAUAACAAAAGACCUUUAAAAGGAGUGACGUUUUCUAGAGAGGUAAUUGUUGUGGAUCUUGGGAAGGAAUACCCUACACCUCGAAGCUAUACUGUAGAACAUAAAGAAAGAAAAUGAAGCUCAAAAAAGGCUGAGAGCGAAAGAAAUGUAACCUUAGACUAACAAUGAAAUGACUGGGGGUACAAAAUCAUGUUGCAACAGCAAAAUAAUGGAGAAUUAAGCAAGUAUAAAUAGUAUUUUACCUUUGUGCAAAGAGAAGUGGGCUACCUGCAAAAUUCUGUAAGUAAAAUAUCCAGAGCUUGAAUAUAGUUUUUUUAAAACUCAAAUCUGAGUUCAAGAAAUUGAUCGUAUUAAGUGUCCUUAAAACUCAGUCUACUCGAACACUGUCUAACAUGUGAAUAAAGUUAUUUGUGUUUGUG